AUGAAUAAGCAGAAGAGAAUCACAGAUUUCGCGAUAAAGAAGCCAAAGCCUUCCACUCCCGAUCUGACUUCUACUGAAGCAAAUGAAGCCUACUGGAAAGAACUGGCAAGCGAGCGGGAAAAAGCGCUGAACGAAACUUUGGAAGAAAACGAAGAUCUGAAAGAGCUGCUGGAAACAAUCAACGACGACGUUUCCGGUCUUGAGAAAGAAAACGACACGCUAAAGGAAGAGAAUGAAAUAAUGCUCGAAAAGGCGAAUCGUUUGGAGAGCCUUACAGAGACGCUCAACGAAAUUAUCAACGAGUGA